AUGUCCUCCGCCCAAGAUGCAGACUCGGGCGCCAAUUUCUGGAGAGCGUUGAUCAACCCCGAUAAGAGUCCUGCUCCGUUACUCGAACAGCUAUGUCUGGGGAUUGCACAGUUGAUGGUCAAUCUGUGUUGCUGCCUCAUUGAUAUCAUGCAGCUCGCUAAUGUCUUCCAGGUCACCUUUGACGAAUACGCUACCACCGACCUCACCCCCGAUCGAAUGGCCGCCUUUUAUCGCAAAGUUGGAGGCAACUACGACGUGCUCUUUCUUGAAACAAAGUCCUCAGCCCUGUCAUUCAUUUAUCAGCGUCUCGGGUGUUUCCACAGUAUUCAGCCCUCGAACGACCCCUUCAAACCUCCGUCCAUUCCAGCAUUGCAACCCAACGGCUUUGUGAGAUGGCAGACAAUCCAGCUCCUCCUCGAUCCUGAUGAACAUGCCCGCUAUUUACAGAAUGCCGUUCAGCUGUGGGACAUUGAGAAUCCCAGCGGAGGAACUUUUCCAAAGACCAUUCCCCGAGACGCUUUCCCGUCGGAACCAGAUCCGGAGAUGGUGGAGUGGCAUGAGGGAGUGAGCCGGCGUUUUGAAUUCGACUACUGGAAGAAGAAUGUCUUGCGAGCCUCUCCGCCCAAUUUUCGCACAUAUCACUCGCAAUUCAGCCAGAAGGAUGCAUCGCCUGAGAAAGAGGACCACACUUCGAGUCACCGGCCCGCAACACCACAGCCCCGGCGACAUGCGGAGCCAGACGAUCCGCCCCGGAGGAGUCGCCAUAACAGACAGCGUAGUGGCGAGCUCCCUACGUCCGCCACUCGAAGAGUCAAAUCCACCUAUUUCCCCCGCGCAGAGGAGGAGCCCGAAUUCACGUCUCCCCGAGCGCCAUCCCCGCCCAUCCGACCGAGACAAUCCACAAAAGCGAGAGGCCGCGAACGACCGCAGUCCUUCGUCUAUCCAACGAGCACAGAACCCCACCACGGCCAAGAAACAUCAGACGCCUCGUCCGAAGACUCAGGAUCCCCGACGCACGGGCAGCCGCCGAAAUCAGGCCGACACAGCCAUUCCCGGAACCUAUCACCGCCCCGCUCCUCCCACGCUCGACGCCACUCGCACGAAGCAUACGCCCGCAGACCCACACGAGACGGAUCCCCAGACUCCCCACGAAGAUAUACCCACCGCGACGUCCAUCCCGCACACACAGGACGGCUGUACGACUCCGACGGCGCGCGGAGACCCCGCCAGUCGCGAGCAUACAACGAGGAACCCCUUCCCAGCCGCUCCGCGGGCGUCCGUUUCCGCGAACACAUCUUCCACGAGCAACCCCCCGUCACGCCCUCACCGGAAGUCCCCCUCUACACCCACGUCCAUCCCCGCUACGUGACCGGGAUCAGCGAGAACUACGUCCCCCGUCCGCACCACAGCCACCCCCUGGACUCCUACGUCCUGGACGACGGCCGCCGGCACAGCUACCGCGACCCGACCUCAAACGCCUCGUCAGGCGCCCACGCCGCCGGGAUCGAGCGCACCCGCUCCUAUGCUGGACGCCCAUCCCGGGUCCCGGGCUGGGCUAGUCCGCCGCAGGGUAGCAAGCGAUGCGUGCCUGUCCCCAUGGUAGACGUGGAAUACCCGUCCCCGUCGGGGCGGAGAUCUACCAUGUACGACCGGUAG